AUGGACAACCUCAAGGGAAACUCCAGCAUCCCCUUGAACAAUCCAGACCCUAGCGAUCCGCUUUUCCAUGUUUGCUGGGGUCGACAGUCAUGUUCAAGCUGCCUGACCGGUGACAUUGCCUGCAGCUGGUGUGCUAUAUCUUCGACCUGUGUUCCGAAUCCAUCGCGGGUUCCAAUAUUUGCGCCUUUUAGCUCGGCAAAUAUCUGCCCCCUUGGUUCCAAGGAGAGAUGGGAGCUGAGAGCGAGGCCGUUUGGGUGCAAUGCCAGCACUUUGACUGUUUUGUCAGUAAUGGGCGCUGUGCUUACGACGGUGGCGUUAGGUGCAGUAGGGGUUGCCUUGGUGUGGCUGAUGCAUCGGACCAGAUGGCGUUGGAAGGAGGCAGAGUAUGAGCAGGUUGAGGAGGAAGGGGAGAGGUCAUCCGGGUGGCGUGGUUGGAACUCUGGGCUUGCAUUUUCGGUUAGUUUCUUUCCUCAAUGGAGUUGGACAGAGGGUCGGACUGAAGUUGAGGAAGAGGAAGAGGAAGAGGAAGCAGAGACACGGCCACUGUUGGAGUGA